AUGGCCGCCGCACCUCAGCUUCACUUUCCCCCAGGAUUCAGAUUCCACCCCACAGACGAAGAACUCAUCGUUCAUUACCUCUGUCGCAAGUGCAUCAACCAACAAAUCGCCGUUCCCAUCAUCGCCGAAAUCGACCUCUACAAAUACGACCCUUGGGACCUUCCAGGAAUGGCGUUGUACGGAGAGAAAGAGUGGUAUUUUUUCUCGCCGAGGGACCGGAAGUACCCCAACGGUUCCCGGCCGAACCGGUCCGCCGGAACCGGGUAUUGGAAAGCAACCGGAGCGGAUAAACCGAUUGGUAAACCGAAGCCGGUUGGGAUCAAGAAAGCGUUGGUGUUUUACGCUGGAAAAGCGCCCAAGGGAGAGAAAACAAACUGGAUCAUGCACGAGUAUCGACUCGCCGACGUGGAUCGUUCCGUUCGCAAAAAAAACAGCUUGAGGCUGGAUGACUGGGUGCUCUGUCGCAUAUACAACAAGAAAGGCGCAAUUGAGAAGCAGCCACCGCUCAAAAUUGAGUGUUCCGAACUAGAGGACGAGAAACCGGCGAUUGCGCCGCCGCUGGCGUCGACAGUGGCAGACUGCGUGUACUUCGAGGCGUCGGACUCAGUGCCACGGCUGCACAUGACGGACUCGAGCUCCUCCGAGCAGGUGGUGUCGGCGGAGCUGGCGAGCGAGGUGCAGAGCGAGCCAAAGAGGAGCAACAACGAGUUGGCGUAUUUCGUGGAUGCCACUCUAGCGUCUCAGCUCGAGAGCGCGAAUCAGAUGUCGCCGCUGCAGGAUAUCUUCAUGUACCUCUCGAAGCCAUUCUGA